UACUGCCGUGAUCUGAGUGCUUCAUUUUACAGAAGAAAUUUUGUACACAAUACAAGAACAAAAUUAUUAACGGAGUAAACAUAUUUUGCUUUUUGAAUAUAUUUGAGUAAAGUAUGAACUAUCUAAUUGCAUCGUUUUCAAAUUAUACAAUUUUAAGGUCAAACCAGUCGGAUAUUAUUCAAAAGUACCGUGAAUACAAAAUAAAAAGAUGCAUUUGGAUUAUAAUUCCACCAAUUUUGUUAUUUCUUGGAACCAUAGGUAAUUGUUUAACUAUAAUCGUAUACACAAAAUCGUCAUUGAAGACAACUGCUAUGGCUGUGUACCUGACGGCUCUUGCUGUGUCAGAUAUAAUUGCAUUAUACACGGGCUUCUUCACGGAAUGGUUGACCAUAGCAUUUGAUUCUAACAUCAAAAACUAUAAAUCUAUCGGAUGUAAAAUUCACUCCUGGUUUUUGUUUACAUCAGUUCAGUUUUCGGCUUGGGUUAUUACAAUAAUAACUGUUGAAAGAGUUAUAUGUGUUUGGUUUCCAUUUCGAGCACGGCGAGUUGAAUCUAAAAGAUAUGCUAAAAUAGUUGUUGUUUGCCUUUGUGUUAUGUUGAUGAUAUUAAAUUCUCACGCACUCUAUGGAAUAGUUUACAGAUUUGACAUUGAACCGAUUUUCCCGUCAUGUGCGGCUUCAAACGAGGACUAUCGUUACUUCUUUCAAAACAUUUGGCCAUUCAUUGACUCAACGGUUUACUGUUUUGUUCCAUGUACAUUAAUAAUAAUUGGAAACUCGCUUAUUCUUUAUAAACUGAAACAGAAAAUUCCACACUUUCCUAAAUCUGAAUUGGAACAUUGCGACUUCAGAAGAAACUUUAAAGUUGCCCGAAAACGGAAGUCAUUGUUUCCGCUGAUCUUUUGUCUUAACACCGUUUUUGUUCUGACUACAGCACCAAUUAGUAUUUAUCAAGUGGCUUUAAACUUUACUCAUGUUUCUGACAUUGAGAUACAUUCUUUGAAGUAUAAUCACCUGUUUCUUUGUUGGACAAUGCUUUUAAUGGUCAUGUUUUUAAACCAUUCUAUUAACUGUUUACUUUACUGUUUGACAGGAGCAAAAUUUAGACGUGAAAUAGUGUUGAUAUUUUGUAAUAGAUACAUAACGUCAUUAAGGCGUCAUCGCCAGCAGAACGAACAUAAAUAG